CAUUACCAACGCUAGUGCUUUAACUGCACUUUUAUCAAGUGACCGUAACGACGUUGUGGACGUUAAAAUACUGCGUCAUUAUUGAGAUAAAUUGAGUCAUUUUGUGUAACAACCGGAGAUUCCCACACGUCACGUGAUCCAGUCGUGUGGCGUCGUCAGCGGCUCUCGACCCAGUUGUUCAGUGCAGACCACCCGGAGGAGGAGGAGGGAAAGUCUAUGUCGGCAGCUACUUUCAAAUAAACACAUUAAAGAUCUUGCAGCAGAGUGAGCAUCCCACCACACCAUGUCCCAGGACAAGAGUGGAUACCCGGGUAUGGGUGAGACCAACCCGCUUCAUAACAACGUCUAUGGGCCCCCUCAGCCAGGUUUCGGCAUGCCCCCUCCCAACUACAGCCAGGCCCCCGGAGGACCGUAUCCACCAGCAGCUGGCUACGGGAAUCCGGGCUUCCCCCAGUCAGGCCCAGGUUUCGCCCCUGGUCCCUACCCUCAGAUGCCUUACCCUCAGAUGCCCUACCCACAGGGACCCUACCCACAGGGACCUUAUCAGCAAGGAACCCCACAGCCAGGUUUUCCUGGAGACCCCAUUGCACCUGCUGGCAGCCCUGGUUAUCAUGAAGAUGGACCUCCAUCUUACUAUGACAAUAAGGAGUUCACCAACUCUGACUUUGAAGAUAAAGUCAUCCGACAAGCCUUCAUCAGAAAAGUCUUCAUGGUUCUCACAGUGCAGCUGUUGGUCACCUUUUCUUUCGUUGCGGUCUUCACCUUUGUCGAUGACGCCAAGUACUUUGUGCGACGUAACCCAUGGACAUACUACGUGUCCUACGCAGUCUUCUUUGUGUCACUAAUCGUCCUCAGUUGUUGUGGAGACUUCCGCCGCAAGCACCCAUGGAACUUGGUUGCACUGUCCAUCCUGACUCUGAGCCUCUCCUACAUGGUGGGAAUGAUCGCCAGCUUCUACGACACAGAGACCGUCAUCAUGGCUGUGGGCAUCACUGCAGUGGUCUGCUUCACUGUUGUCCUCUUCUCACUACAGAGCAAGUAUGACUUCACUUCCUGUCGGGGUGUGCUCUUUGUGUGCCUGAUCGUUCUGGUGCUCUUCUCCUUCCUCUGCAUCUUCAUCCGCCAUAAGAUCCUGCACAUCGUCUAUGCCUCACUGGGGGCUCUGCUCUUCACCUGCUUUUUGGCUGUUGACACUCAGCUUCUCCUGGGCAACAAGAAGCUGGCCCUGAGUCCAGAAGAGUACAUUUUUGCCGCCCUCAAUCUCUACACCGACAUCAUCAACAUCUUCCUCUACAUCCUGGCUAUUGUGGGACGCUCCCGUGAAUAAGGCCGCACCCUAAGGAAAACAGCAGGGAGACAGAGAAUGCCUCCCAUUAUUGUGAAAUGUUGCUAACAUGCCCUUUUAUCUCUGACUCCUUUUACUUUUUUCCCACAUUUCACUCUUUAUUUCCUCUUUAAACAUACACACAGUUCUUUUUUUAAAACAGGCAGUAGGGGUGUGGAGGAGACACAGCUGGUCAUAAAAUGCAGCUGAGAGACACUUUAUCAACUAAAAAUCUCGCCAUUAUUGACAGAAUGCAGUGAUCUGUCUUUUCCUUAGUCUUGCCCACUCUGCUUGCUCUAACUGUCCUCUGCUUUUGCAUUAUGUCUACAUUACCUACCUACCUAGACAUUAUGUCUACAUUACCUACCCCCCCACCCCAGUUUGGCACAGCACAUACAAUAUAUAACAUGUUAUUGUGUGACUGCUUGGCAUUCAGCCUCGCCUCACUGCAGAGAUUAAACAGGAAAAGAGCAGGGAAGGUAUCUGUAGCACUUAAUAUUGAUGCAGACCAGCUUUGCCUGAAGACGUUAGUGCUAGAAAUACCCCCUCCUUCAAUCUGUCUGCUUUCCCAAACUUAUCUUUACCUUUUCAAACUGCUGGUGUAAAAUAACUCUGCAUGGCUACAUUGGAAACACAACUAAAGAUAUGCUACGAUUCUCUAGAACUAACAGAGGAAUACCUCUAGCUUGCUUGUCACAGCUGUAAAUAGUUAAGUGUAUUACUGUAUAUGAUGCCAGUCUCCCCCUGCUUCUGAAAGGCGUUCUGGGGUGAAUCUUAUGGAUGUGCUGCUUUUUGGGAAAAAUGUGCUCUAAUAUCAGAAAUUUGCUGACCCAUUAUAUUAAACUAAAAUCUUUCAGUAGCAUAUGAAUGAAUCAGCGUUGGAUGUGUAUAACAAACAUGAACAGAAAUUAAUAUUUAUGAAUUGUAUAUUCUUGUAAUAUCUUUUAAAAAGGAAGAAAACUUAAGUUCUGAAAUUAUUUGUAUGAUCACAAAGCUUUUUUUUUUCUUUAUUGACUUCAUUAAUCCCCUUUCAUAUGGUCAUUAACUUGAAGUGGCAUUUUAGUAAUAUAUUUAUUUUUUUCCAUUAAUAACCAAUGUGAAAUAUUUAAGUUUUUCUGACCACUUUUAUACCAAGUUAAUCCAGGUCUCAGAACUUCUGAAUUUAAUAAUGAAGGACAAGGUGCCGAACAUGAAGGAAAUGAUACUUAAUUAAGCUUGAUGUAGAUAGCAGGGUUGCUUUGAAGUUGCUGUAAACUCAGAUUGACAUUUACAGAGACUGUAUUCCUUAAGUUGAUUGUGAACUCAUCACAUGCUGGUUGUAUAACAUGAGGUGAAACCAGCAAAAGGAAUCAAUAUGCACUGGAAGCCAAAAUACUCCUCCACACAAACACACGCAACUUGAAUGAUAUAUUUAAUGUGAACAUUUUUUGUUCUGUAACUUCUGUUUUGAGUUUUCACCUCUUGCAUGACUCUUUCCUCCCAUUUGCAUGUGCUGAUAAUGCACACUGUUCAGGUGUUCCAGUUUUGGAGAGACAGUGUUGUUUGGCAGCCCUGUUAGACUUAUUUUUUCUAACUUUUGUGUUUGUAUCUAACUAACGUGUAUGUGUAUAUAGAACUCCUUAGUGGUUUGAUGUGUAUAGAUAAAGUAAGUUUUGGGCUUUGUAGGACUGUUUGCAUUGUAUAUUUGCAUUAAAUCAAAGUGGAACCACA